AUGCCUCGCCGACUGGCAGAACAAAUUUCCAAAUGCCGACGUAAGACCCCGACGAAGAGACAGCGCUCAAGCUCGGCAGCAUCAACGCCAAAUACACAGAAGGGGCACAAAAUUGAGGCAAGUUUCCGAGGAUCGACGAAACCUACGACUCCAAAGCCCAAUGGCAUGACGGCAGACCCAGAUACCAUCACCAAAGCAGUCACCGAUAUGCAGAAGAAAAAGGACGACGAGCUGGUAACCAAGUUCGCCGACAUGAUGAAGAAAAGGGAUAUGUGUGAGGGCAUUGGAGUCAUAAUGCUCAAAAAAAAACAAGAACUAGACGACCUGAAACGAGAACAACAGGCGCUGAGGGAGAAGGACAGGGAGUACGACGCAUUGUCCAACGGCGACGACGAACACAAAAUGAACCCCAGACUCAGGACUACUUAUUGUUAUGGCCUAAGACUUAGGAGGCCAACUUUUCUGCUCUCCAUUAGCCCAGCCAGCACACUGAAGAACAACACGACGCGUGAAGGGGCAUCAACGCGCCAUAGACAGAAAAAGGGGACAAAUAGGGAACACCGCGACAUGAACACAAAAAUGGAGACAGGGAAAGAAACGUAG